AGUUUCUAUCGUUCUACUCAGUUUGGGGGGGUUGUGGUUUGUGUUUCCAGAAAUUACUUCCAACUCCAACUAGUGAUUUUUUGUACUGUAUUUCAACUUCCAAGACGUCGUCUGUUCUAUUUGUAUUGUGUUGUGACAAGUGUAGACUGCAAAGAGUGCAAAGCUGUAUUCAUUCCGUUCAAGAAAUGAAGUGAUUUUAGAAAUUUAAUUAUCUUACAAUAAAAGUAGUCAAGAGAUAAAAUACUACGGACUUUUAUUUAUAUUUAUAUACAGUAUUAUCUAAAGAUAAAUAAAUGCGGUCAGAACUAUUGUCUCCAUUUAUAUAUUGGGCACAAGAUGAGUCAAACGUGUUUAUCAAGAUUGACCUUAAGGAUAUCAAGGAAGGGAAAGACGUGAAACUGACGGAUGACUCGGUGCAUAUGGAUGCGUUUGGUGUUGGGGCCCAUGGUGCAGCCAAGUACGCGGUACGCCUCAAGCUCUUUGACACCAUUCAGAAAAUAGAGGAUGACGACGUGAGGCACCUUAAGGUGACAGACCGAGGUGUGCAGUUGACCUUGAGGAAGCAGGACUGCCAGUGGUGGCCUCGGUUGUUACAUUCUACGCAGAAACCUCCCUGGCUCAAGAUAGACUUUGAACGCUGGAAGAGUGAAGAUGAUGAUGAAGAUCUCUCAGAUAACACUUACAAGAACGGCACAGCAAAAGAUGUUCUGGGCGAUUACCCAGACCUCUUCGAAAAGCUCAAGAAGGAUGAAUUUGGGUACAAAAAGGAAGAGAUGAAGAAGGUGUACCUCAUCCUGUAUAAUCUAAGUCAGUUGGUGUUUUUCACCUACAUUCUAGUCGUUAUGGCAAUACGUUACGCUAAAGAUGGUCCUGACUCAAUGGAGGGGACGUACAAAGCUGUCGGAAACGUGCUCAAGUUCUGUCAGCUCAUUCAGUUCCUGGAAGUGAUGCACCCGAUGUUCGGCUACACCAAGGGCAGCAUCUUUGUUCCGUUUGUACAGGUCACAGGUCGGGCUAUUGUGUUGUUUGUGAUGAUCGACGCAGAGCCAAGGAUGCAAGAGAAACCUGUCAUCUUCUACCUGUUCCUGAUCUGGUCAGUCGUCGAGGUUGUGAGAUAUCCGUACUACAUUGUGCAGCUCUAUAAGUUCAAGGUUGAUUUCUUGACAUGGCUCCGGUACUCAAUAUGGAUUCCAUUGUACCCUCUGGGUAUUCUGUGUGAGGGCAUUAUCAUAUUGAGGAACAUCCCAUACUUCGAGGAGACGCAGAGAUUUUCAGUUGCAAUGCCUAACAACUGGAAUUUCACAUUCCAUUCGCCAACAGCGAUGAAGGUUUACCUCCUGCUGUUGUUCUUUCCAGGAAUGUACGCAAUGAUGACUCACAUGUACAGAGCUAGAAUGAAGAAAAUUGGACCGAGACGCUUAGCCAGGAAAACCAAAUAAGUGCCACUUCGCUGCUUAUUCCAUUCAUGCCAUCCUUUUCAUCCAAGCUAGUUUUAAUCUUUAAGGACCUUACCGUUACGUAGUAAUAGUUUUGGUGCAAUAUUUUUUUUCUGUUAAGAUAUCUAGGUAUAACACAGUAAGUUUAUAGUGUACCAUGAACUUUCUAUUGUUGAACUUCUAUGAAUUCAAUUGUGGUUGUGUCAUUUUUAUCUCUGCUCAGAUAAAUUGUUGGCCUGGUUAA